AUGUCACCCCGCUUCCAGCUGUUCAACUACUUCCGUAUCAAUUACUACUCGUUCCACCUCAAAAAGGAGAGAUUCUAUGAUUACAUGUGCAUUGGAAUUAGUUCGGCCCUCGUUGGAUAUACUGCUUAUUUGGCGUUCGCAUUUGUAGCCAAUUGGAGAACCACGAUGAAGCUGUUACGCUAUCAUCAGGAUAGGAUGGAGUGUGAACGUAAGCGGUUGUUGAAUAUUGUGAGGGAUGCUAGGAAUAAUGGCAUAAUCAAAUAA